AUGACAGCCUCCCAUAUGAUCCUUGCCUGCUGCGGUCUUCCUGGUGUGGUGGUUAGUAAGUGUAGUGAUCGAGAUGAAGUACUGAGGAGUGGAGAUCUGGAUCUUCCAUGCCCUCCAUCCCUGCCCCUCCUUCUGCUCUCAGAGGAGAUCAUAGGUGUUGAAGGUGUUGAUGGUUCUGGACGGGUGGUUGGGGUUGUAGACACUGAUGAAGCUGGGGAGACACCUGAAGCACUUAAUAAAAUGAAAGCUGAAUGGUCAGCUUUAGUCGUUGAUGUGCUGCCAUACAAGAACACUGGAACCUACAUUCUCAAAAGUCCAGAGGAAGCUUCCCAAUUGCUAGAUGACCACAUUGUCAUGACCCAGAGCAUGUCACUCUCACCAUUUAAAAAAUACUUUGAAAGUCGCAUAGCCAACUGGGAGAGUAAACUGAAAAUGACUCAAGAUGUGCUAGAGGAAUGGCUGACAUGCCAGCGUUCUUUGCUUUACCUUGAGCCCAUUUUCAGCUCCCCAGAUAUUAACCAACAACUGCCCAAUGAAGCAGGGCAAUACCAACAAAUGGAAAAAAUGUGGACAACAGUGAUGAGAAAAGCUAACAAUAAUCGCAAGAUAACUGAGUUGUGUCCAGAUGCCCGUUUAUUGUCUACUCUGAAGACGUCCAACUCACUCUUAGAACAAGUACAGAAAGGUCUCAGUGAGUACUUGGAGACAAAGAGACGUUCUUUUCCAAGGUUUUACUUCCUAUCAGACGAUGAGUUGCUUGAAAUUUUGUCCCAGACCAAAGAUCCCACAGCUGUUCAGCCACAUUUACGCAAAUGCUUUGAGAACAUUGCACGGCUAAAAUUUCAGCCUGACUUACAAAUCACUGACAUGUACUCUGGAGAAGGAGAGGAAGUGAAGCUUUUCCAGUCUGUACAGCCUACUGGUGAUGUGGAAGACUGGCUCAGAAAUGUAGAGAAGUCAAUGAAAGCUACAGUAAAAGAUAAUAUUGACCGAUCAUUAAAAGUCUACUAUGAGCAACCUCGGGAGAAGUGGGUUUUGUCAUGGCCUGGUCAGGUGGUGAUUGCUGGAUGCCAAGUAUUCUGGACUGCCGAGGUAUCGGAAGCUAUAGAGAAAGGAGACUUGGCUAAUCAUCUUUAUCCUCAACUGCAAACACAGUUGGGUAACUUAGUCAAACUGGUCAGAGGAAAUUUGUCCAGAAUGCAAAGGGCUGUUCUGUCUGCCCUCAUUGUCAUAGAAGUCCAUGCAAAAGAUGUUGCUGCUGAACUGGUCCAGCAAAAGCUUUCAAAUAUUAAUGACUUUGAAUGGAUCAGCCAGCUCAGAUACUACUGGGCAAGAGAUGACUUGUAUGUCCGUGUGGUAAAUGCAGAGUUUUUGUAUGGAUAUGAAUAUCUUGGUAACUCUGGUCGGCUGGUUAUCACCCCACUGACAGACAGAUGUUACCUAACGCUAACAGGGGCUCUUCAUUUGAAAUUUGGAGGGGCUCCUGCGGGCCCAGCUGGUACAGGAAAGACCGAGACCACCAAAGAUCUUGGAAAGGCCCUAGCAAUCCAGACUGUGGUGUUCAACUGUUCAGAUCAGCUCGACUUCAAGGCCAUGGGGAAAUUCUUUAAAGGACUAGCCAGCUCUGGCGCUUGGGCAUGCUUUGAUGAAUUUAAUCGUAUAGAUGUGGAAGUGCUUUCUGUAGUGGCACAACAAAUUACCACUAUACAAAAGGCUCAACAGCAAAGAGUUAAAAGCUUUGAAUUUGAGGGGACUGAAAUCACACUUGUUCCCUCCUGCGCUGUGUUUAUUACAAUGAAUCCUGGAUAUGCUGGCCGCACAGAACUGCCUGACAAUCUUAAGGCUCUGUUUCGUCCUGUGGCUAUGAUGGUGCCCAACUAUGCUAUGAUUGCUGAAAUUUCUUUAUACUCAUUUGGCUUUAGUGAUGCCAAAAUCCUUUCAAAGAAAAUAACAUCUACUUUUAAGCUAUCCUCUGAACAGCUUAGCUCACAGGAUCAUUAUGACUUCGGUAUGAGAGCUGUAAAAUCUGUGAUUUCGGCAGCUGGAAACCUCAAGAGAGAACAUCCUGAGAUGAAUGAAGAGUUAAUUUGUCUGCGAGCCAUUAAUGACGUCAAUGUGCCAAAGUUUCUUCAAGAUGACUUGAAACUGUUCAGUGGGAUUGUGUCUGAUCUGUUCCCCAAGACAAAACAGGAGCCAAUCAGUUAUGGAACACUGGAGCAAUCCAUGCGCAGUGUUUGUGUUGAGAGGAACUUGAAAGAUGUUGAUGGGUUUAUUCAUAAAUGUAUUCAGCUUUAUGAAACUACAGUGUUGACGCAUACGACGCACAAUCUUUGCACAUGCGCAUUUCCUGUACGUCAACGUCACGUUCAGCGACGUCGUUCAACAUCCGGUGCAGUGGAUUCGAGCAGCGUUCUGUUGGCAGCGAUUAAAAUCGUAAUUAAUCCCUCAAAAAUAUUGGUAAAUUUGAAUGUGAGGGUGUCGGAUCUGCUCAGAAUAAAGUUUGAGAAAGAUAUGAACAUUAAUAACAGACAAACCCUGAGGUUGCUCCUGCUAACGUUAGCAAGACCAGCACUCCUGCCAGUUACUGAAGGCUUUCAAAAGAAAAGGUGGAAAAAUGGGACAGAGCAUUAAAACUGCUCUGUCUGAGAUGGGCCAGACUUCCUGCAUUGAUGUCAUGCGAGAGUGUGUCUUGAAAGCACUGACACUCUACCUAUAUGAGGAUCCCAAAAGUCUAAUUAAGGAGUAUUUGGAUGUGACUGUGAUGGAAACCGGAGACAUGGAGCAGGUGGAUAUUAGAGUGUACAAAAUCAGAGAAAAGAGAGCGAGGCCAGAUGACAACGUGGAGGACGUUGGUAUCAUUGAACAGUGCACUGUUCUCCAGGACCUGC